GUUCUGAAGAACCAAACAUAUGCCCCUGCUCCUCCUCUUUCUUCUUCAUUUCUUUAGCUAUAUUAUCUUUAUUAUUGAAUUGAAUUUAAGAGAAGGAAGAUAGAUAUGGAUUGUUGUGUGUGCACAAGCAUGCCGUUGAUAUUAAGGCCACCGAGGAACUCAAUAUGUGGGGCUUGUUAUGAAGGAGCAAGGACCAUAAUCAACAUGAUCAACAAUCUCGAAACUGAGAAAACAAAACAAAACACUAAUCCCAAUAACAAUAAUAAUGGCUCUCUGGCUUCAAGGCGAAAUUCCAGUAAGACAUUGGAUGAUUGUAUUAGAUGGUGGUCAGAGCAGAUAGAGAUUUUGAAUCAACAAAAGGAGGAUUUGGGUUUUCUUAGAGGCAUUGUUACAGCCUUCAAAGAACAAAUUCACACCGAUAUACUUGUUAGCCCAGGUGGCCAUGGUCUUCCAAUACCUGCACAUAAGUCUGUAUUGGCAACAAGAUCAGAAAUCUUUAAGAACAUGCUUGAGUGUGAUGAAUGCAAAGCAGCACCCAAUAACCAAACCAUAACCAUACCAGACCUGAACCAUGAAGAGCUAUCAUCUCUACUAGAGUUCCUCUACAGCGGCACACUACCUGAAGAAACAAUCGCAAAGGAUGUCUACGCCUUAUCGCGCGCCGCCGAUAAGUACGCCAUCCCACAUUUGUUAAGGCACUGCGAGAGGUAUUUGCUGAGUUCACUCGACACUUCCAAUGCACUCCAGACGCUUGAGAUCGCCGACGUGUGUUCCAGUCACAAUUUGAAGGAGACAACGUUGGUUUUCUUAGUUAAGAACAUUGAGCAUGUUGUGUCAUCGCCUAGGUUUGAAGCUUUUGUCCAUAGGAAUCCACACUUAACCGUGCAAUUGGUUUCAAGGGCUUUUGCAAAUGGUUCCAAAUAAUUAUGUUUGGUCUU